UUCCUCAAACUUUAAUGAAUCAAUAACAUAUAAGUUGCACAUUAUUACUGUUGUUUUAUUAGGCAUUGUAGUAUUCUAUUAUAUCAACAUAUGUCCAUACCAACAAUUAAAUUAACAGAUAAUACUGAACAGAAAAAAUAAUAACUAGCUAAAUAUACGUUAAAAAAAACGUUCUCUUAUGUUUCCAUAGCAUUCUAUGAGCAUUUCCGACACUAUAAGGAGCACCUGAAGCGGCCGUGUGCGUUAAGGCCCGCCCCCUUCUCCUGCGGAAGCCAAUGGGAUUCCUCCUGGGAACACGCGUUUCUAUGACACUCUGCUGCUGCGAACUUGAUCCCAGUUUCUUAUCUGUCAUUUGCGCUGAAUAAGAUUUCGAAAUGUCUAUCCGCGUGUUUGAAAUCCUCUUCUUCUUUUAUUUCGCCUCUCAUAUUCCUAUAACAUUGUUUAUUGACUUACAAGCCCUGCUACCGGGACAUGUGUACCCUCAGCCGCUGAAGGAUCUUAUCAGGUGGUAUGCAGAGGAGUUCAAAGACCCCAUGGUGCUGGACCCUCCACAGUGGUUCAAAUCUUUUAUUUUCUGCGAGGCUUUGUUUCAAACGCCUUUCUUUCCCGUUGCAGCUUAUGCUUUCCUUAAAGGUGGCUGUAAGUGGAUCAGGACUCCUGCCAUCGUGUACGCCACACAUGUAGCCACCACUCUGGUCCCCAUCCUCACUCACAUCCUCUUCUAUCAGUUCCCGAUGAAGCCCCACCCCGGUCCCCAGACCCCACAGGAGCGCUGGCUGCUGUUCUCCAUAUACGUUCCCUACCUGCUGGUUCCUGUGCUGCUGCUCCUCACCAUGCUGCUGUCGUCCACGUACAACUCCACCCCCAAGCCUGCACACACACCGGCCAAAUCCAAGAAGAGGAACUAAGAAAGAAUCACACUACAGCUGUCUAAUUCACUCUGAUUUUAGGAAGUAUUUAUCCGAAUGAGCACAACAACAAUAGUUUGUUGAACAGGUUUGAUGUCUUUAUCAGUACCAAACAUUUAACAGACCAUAGCCACUAUUAAUUCAUUUUAUUAGUUGCACCUGCGCUUUUCCUGCGAUCACAAGUUAAACUCUGCCAUGACAAAUGUGUAAAGUCCUGCGCUUUUCUGUGUUUUGGUGUUCUUUUAAAUAAAUGUCAUUUAAAGACUUGAGUGAAAAAACAA